AUGAUUCUACGCAUGCAAAAUAUGUUUUUGAUUUCUGUCAUCUUUCUUUUCGCUAUCAACUCAGUGAUGGCUAAGAAAACGUAUGCAGCCUCAAAAUCGUCUCCACCGCAUAUUUUGUUCAUGCUAGCAGAUGAUCUCGGCUGGAUCGAUGUAGGAUUUCACGGAUCAAAAAUACACACUCCAAACAUCGAUUCCCUCGCUAAAGAUGGAGUUAUCCUGGACAAUUAUUAUGUCCAACCAGUUUGCACACCAGCAAGAGGAUCUCUUAUGACUGGAAGAUAUCCGAUACACACAGGUAGGGAAAAUACGAUUCACAAGACAUGGCCGGUAAUCCCGGUACUUUGCGAUAUAAAUUUUCAUCUUAUUUUCAGAAGACAAAUGGGGCCAAACAGGGUCAUACAUCCGGUUACAGAAAGGGAAACGAAAAUCAAUCUUGGGUGCGUUUGCCGAAUAAAUGAUUGCUGCCAUCACGAUUUUCAUAUCAAAAAUUAACAUCAAGCUUGUUGAUCUGUACUCGUUUCAGUCGUUUGCUGCUGAUUCGGCCUGCACCUGAAACGAGAAUGUGUGGCGAUGGAAAUCAAAUGCUAUGUUGGAGACAGAACGAUCAAAGGAUAGGUAUCUUUAAUAGCAGAUCUUCUCAAUAAGGGUAUUUUCAUUUCGGUAAAGAGACUGGCAGUAUACAAAGACCUGUCUAAUAUUAAAACAGCAAAAAUAACAUAACAUUGACGGACAUAAGGCAGUGUUUUCAACUGAAUACAGAAAACGUUCCAUCUUCUUCGUAUCUUCUUUAUCUGCGAUGUAAAUUUUUACGUGCCGUGGAAAACCCUUUUUAAUACCAUACCAACGUCUAAUUUUGGGAUAUUUUAUUGACUUUUAAUGAAUUUUGGAUGUUUACAUUGACCAGAAAAACAAACUAAUUUACACUUCAAUGCCGUGAGCUUAUGACGUGAUCCAUUGUAGUCAACUUGGGAGCGUUAUUUGGAAAUAAAUUUCGCUGAAUAUAGUUGCGAGGAUGAAGCCGGAUGAUGAAGUUCUAAUUUCAGGUCAUUUCAUAGUACUCUUCUCCAUAACGGUCCAUAACGUGCUGUGCCUGUAAAGGCUGGGAGCAUGGAAAGGCAAGCGAAAGGAGGACAUCAUGUGUUAUCCACAUGUAUUAUUUUUUUGGAGAGCGCAUUGUUUUUCUUUUCCAAGAAAAAAAAGUCACGUCCGCACAUCCGAACGUAUCGUUUUCGCCCGUCCAUUGCCUAGUCCCUAUGCCUCAUUAUUGUGCGUGACCGAUGCUUUUCGGGUCACGUGGUCCGAGAAAGCUUUUGGCUGUCUCCCGGCCGUUCAUCUCGGAUACGUCACCGGAAUGCAUUGACCGAGAAGGCCUGGAAAGACGCCGUACGGGGACCAGCCAAGCCCGUCUACACGCAACCGUUUUUGACUCGCGAUCGCCAAGCACUGAAUUUUACGUAAUCGAUCUCACUCGGAAUUUGUUUUGCUCUCCCCUCCCUUUUUGGGAGCUUUUGGGCCAUCCACCGUCUAUCUUUAACCCAUCUUCUUCGAAGCUGUCCCUGGGUCAUUUCUUGGACACUAACUCUGUGAUUUAUAAUAAGUUAUCAUCGUUUAAUUCGUUCUUUCUAUUUAAGCAGUUGUGGUGACAACAAUGACAAGCGGAUGCCUUUUACAUGCAGCACAAAACUCAAUAUGCCAUUUCCGAAUUGCCCUUAAGUCUCUGUUUCAAAGCGAGGCUAAUAGCCUACGAACCGCAGACGUAUUUCCGGUCGUCGCCUCUCUCCUUCCGAAAAAUAACGACAGUUUUUCUCGGCGAGUGAGACUAGCAGCUAAAACCGAAAAUACCGGAUGCUCUUGUAGGCUACAUGGCUAAGUGCAAGGCCAUUGAUAUGAAUCUCAUGCAAAUAAAACUCAUUUUCACAAGAGUUUUAAAGUGGGAGUCUUUGGAACUCGGAAAUGGCUUAAAGUCCCUAAAAGAUUUUGCCCCAUAGUCAACAAGUAAAUCAGCCAGAACAACAUACCGUAAAUCCUCUGUUAAGCCCCCCCUCUCUAAUAAGCCCCCCCUUUUCAGAGGAGGAAAGUUAAUAAGCCCCCCCUCCCCCUCCCCCAAUCCUUAUUCUCCACAAAAAAAUUAACGAUUAACGUGGACUGAUCAGUUAUGAUUUAUUCAUAAAAAUUGCCGAAGAACAUGAGGCCGAAAGCACAUUUUUGAAGAAUAAGAAUUUUGUUUUUGUUACUUUUAGGCUCCCACAAGUGAAUUAAAUACUUUUGACAGUGACUUUAAUUGUACAACGUGUAAGUUUGCUCUGUCUCAUACCACGGUAUUUUUGCUACAGGUGAUGCGUUUCGCUAAAUUAAAUAAGCCCCCCUCCUCUUUUAAGCCCCCCCUCAAAAGUGCUUGAAAAAAAAUAACCGCCCGGGGAGCUUAAUAGAGGAUUUACGGUAUACGUAUUUACCUAUAUAUAUAUGUUGAUGUUUUGGCCGUUUUUGCGUGAAGUGACAGAAAGUAACCUGGUUCGCUGUUCAAGGUAAUUAAAAUAUCUUAUUUUUUACAACAGACGUGAGUUGACAUUAUCUUUCUUUUCACAUUUACCAGGUCUUCAGCAUGGAGUCAUUCAUCCAUCAGAUCCAUUUGGAUUGCCGUUAGACUUUGAGACUCUUCCAGGACAGUUAAGAGAAGUUGGUAAGCGACCGAAAAGUAACUCUCACGUAACACUCUGUUGCUUCAUAUACCAGCUUAACGACCUUAACCCCUGCCACUGUCUUCAGAAAUGAACGUCUUUAUAAUUUUCUGAAUACACAGACCGGCUUGUACAGUCAGAAAACGUUGUCAAUGAGGAGCAUGAGCGGAAGAAUUGAAAUUGACACGGCACGCCAACAAUUCACUGGGAUCAUGAGAAUCCUCCCUCGAUAGCCUGCGUAGCAAUGGUUUCCAAUCGAGUUAUUGCGUGAAAGUUGGAGCGAGGGCAAAAGAAAUGGCUCUUUUUUGCUUUCGUCCCAAUUUUCUCGACGAAAUCGCGCGGAAACGCUUGCUACGCAACUCAAGCUACUAUUAGUGGCAUGCACUAUAGCCUUUCAAAUCAGAACAAGAAUUUGUUUUAAUACCUCAUUUAGAACAUGUUUGUCUCAUCUGUCAGCGUUAACAAAUAUAUGAAUGUCUCAAGGCUCGUUGAUCAGCGGUUCAUACAUUUUGUGACUGUUUCAAAAUACAGACCGUAGAGCUAGCUAUCUUUUAAUUUUUCGCCGAUGAUCAGCGGCGAGGUACUCAGUCCUUUCUGUAAAUGAACUUCACGUUUUGGGAAUGGCGAGCGGCUGGUUAUACGUAGUUCUAUCUGUACAAAGGAGAUUGAACUUCCAAAGUCGCCGAUGACCAGUGGUGAGGUAAUUCUGUGCCUGUAUAAAGAGGUACUCCAAAAUUCCCCGAUGAUCAAUUGCGUGGUAUUUCUGUCUAAGACUCAUUCUUCCUCAGGUUAUGCGACUCACUUGGUUGGAAAGUGGCAUCUUGGUUUCUACAAAUGGCCUUAUGUUCCUACGAAAAGAGGUUUUGACACCGCCUACGGAUUCUGGGACGGAGCUGAGGAUCAUUAUGGCCAUACGCGCGAUGGCGUGGUCGAUUUCCGCAACGGAACAAAACCAGUCACAGAUCUAGGUGGAAAAUAUGCCACAUAUGAAUAUGUUAAGGUCAGUAACAUUUUUUUGAAGCUUUUCUGAUGAACCAAUACAUGGGAUUUAAAGUAACUGAUAACUGAAGAUAUGACUGCAAACGGCUAGACCUUCGCGUGGCUUGGAUGACCACGUACAAUGGCGGUCCCGUCAACGUAAAAAAUUUUGUCCUGAAUAAACAAAUUAGUGCUCAAAUAUAUUCACACUCAAAUAAAGUGCUUUGUUGUUGUUGUUGUUGUUGUUGUUGCUGUUCUUUCUUCUUCUUCUUCUUCUUCUUCUUCUUCUUCUUCUCAGUCUUCUCUUUCUCCUUCAAGAAUGAGAUCAUAACAGACCGCAAUGUCUGGCGGUUACAUGCAGGCGUAGUGCUCGUUUUUAUAGGUCCAGCCGGUACGUGAGCUUAGUUCUAAAUAGAGCUAAUAUAUAGAUUUAGCCAGGGCUAACAGCGAAGCUCCAAUUUUAAUAAAUUUAUAAUUUAAAUCAAACAAUAAACUUUUAAUCCACAAAUCAUUUAACUUACGGGCACAUUCAUGUGACCUUUGAGGGAAAGGCUAAGUUAUUUUAGAGUGAAACAUCUUACAUCGAAUUGAUAACCUUAUAUGUACACCCAAAAAAUAGCAAACAUCUUCGAUCACAUUCAAGAUCACAGUAGAUUAGGCCUCGAAAACAAAUUCUUGGAAAACAAAUCACGCCAAAUUUUUUGCGUUCGACAGGUUUACUUUUUACAAAUUCUUGCCAACAAAUCUGGGGGUGUUUAAACCAACCUUUUAUAAUUUUUAUACACCACAUUUGAGGUGAAACAGUACUAUUUAUCAUACAGAGCUCGGACAGAAUGCGGUAUUUCACAAUUUUUCAAGACAAAUUGCACUCAGCCAAUAUUCAGGACGAGCCAAACCGUUCAAAAAUUUCAGAAAAUUUCCAAAAUCACCCAUACGGCCAGCUGGUUCUCGUUUCUAUAGUGCAAGCUGUCAGUGUGGUCGAGUGUUUGAAUGAACUUUAACAGAGUUACGCUUCAACAUAAUAGCGAAUUUAUUAAUUUAAUGGUUUCAGUUAUAACGAUGUGUAAUCUUAUAAAGCGUUCGAUACGCGCGACAUUUUUUAGUAUUCCUGCAAGCGAUGGUCAUGAACGAUGAAAACAAACGGCGCGGACAAGCGAUUAAAAUUGCAAGAGAGACUAUAUACUAACAAUCAAAAAAAGAGAUAUAAUUCCGUGAAACAUUUACAGAGACAACAAUUUUCAUUCACGAAGACAAGUAUUAAAGUUUCUCUAAAAAUCCUGAGUCUUUAAGCGUAAAGCUUAAGUUUAUGUUUUAGCCGGCUUCCCGGCGCGGUGUUUACUGUUUUUGAAGGUGAACUCCUCGAAGCAAGAAAAUCGCUCAAAGUUUUCUUUCUACAAAAAACAGUCAUAUUUAAGACUACGUUCACCCGGACGAUCAUGCUUCACCUACUGAAAUGACUCCCAGGUUCAAACCUUUCAGAGUUGUAACACAUUUUUCCUGUUUGGUUUAUCAGAGAGUAAAAGAGAUAAUUCAUGCCCAUGACCCAAAGCAGCCACUCUUCCUUUACAUGGCAUUUCAGAAUGUGCACAAUCCCAUUCAAGCUCCGGAAAAAUACGUGGAAAAAUACGACUUUAUUGACCAGAAGAUGAGAAGAGUCCAUGCCGGUAUGGCCGAUAUACUGGACGAAGCUGUAGGCAACAUUACCAAAAUGUUCAAAGAAAAAGGGUACGUUCCUAGUACAGCCUGAAGACAGGAAACAACAGCCUUUAGAUGACAAGGGUAGAGAUUUAAUUUUACUGUGACUUCCAUUUUUUCUGUCGGCCGCCAGGCCAGUUUUGUCCAUAUACUUCACCCGUGAUACUUUAAACCUUCCAGUUGAAGUUGACACUUUUAUGACUAGUUCUUAGAAAUACAGUUAUUUAUUUGGUUUAAGUAGUUCUCAUAGCUCCGUCUCAAAGAAUCAUUGCGAUUCCUGGAAAAUAAGCCCAAAAUGGUUUCUCGAAUAAAUUUGUUGUCUGGUAUAAAGAAACUCAAUCGCGAUUGCUUGAAAUGCCGGUCCGUUUUAAAUUGCUUGGAACCAUUCUCUCUUGUUUAAACUCCUUGCAUCAAUCGGCAUCUCUCUCGCGCGCAAAGCUAAUUGUAACCGUGUUUGCUAUUUCAGGCUUUGGAACAACACUUUGACAGUGUUCAGUACUGAUAAUGGCGGAGAACCAGUUUACGGCGGAUACAACUGGCCUUUAAGAGGGACAAAACACACCUUGUGGGAGGGAGGGGUGAGAGGGGCUGCAUUUGUCCAUGGAAAAAUGCUGGAAAAAACGGGCGUGAAAUGCAAAGGACUUCUUCAUAUCAGCGACUUUUUUCCGACACUUAUUAAUUUGGCAGGUAUGUUAAACAUAGCGUGUAACGUGCACACAAACAAAAACAAAUACGCAGGCUCUUGUCGCUUGGAUGCCAGUCAUCCUAAUUUCGUCAUCUCGUUCCCAGAGUCCGCGUUGCUUUGUCCAGCGGACGCUGGACAAGGGUAACGCGAACUCUGGGAACGAGAUUGCAGUCAUCCAUUUUAGUUGAUACUGCAAGAGUUUAAUUACUGUAAAGAACUGAAUUUUUGUUUUAAGUUUUGACAUUUCUUUCUCUUGUCAACAUAAAUUUUCAAAGCGUAGUUACUUUGAGUGACACCCGCAGUGCCUACAGAGUUAACAAACGAAACCAUUCUUUGUUAUUUACGGAUUUUUAUCGACCUCUUUUGAUAUUUUAACAUUUCUCCUUGCAAUGGGCAAACUGAACGCAGGGGCAUCCCACGACGGUUUCCUCCAAAAUACGUUGAAAAUACUUUUAAUUUUAGGCUACCCAAAGUACUUUAGAUCUCUAGAAAUGCAUUCUAAGCGGCGCUACAAAUUUUUUAUCUGUUCGGUCAUCCUAGGGGAACUUAAGUCUUUUCGAAAAUACGAGGGCGUUAGUAUCAUUUUACAAAAAAUUUUAGGUGCAAUUUAGCGUUCUACGAAAGUGAGGAUUUUUUUGAUUCCUCUGUCCAUCACAUUUUAGAAACCGAAAAUUUUAGGUUUCCUUUUUCUACGAAAAAUAGUGUAACCUGGCUAGUAAACUAUGAAAAAUUAAACUUCAGAAAAUCGUAGGGAAUUUAUUGGAUAAACUUCGAAAAUUGUACAUGCAUGGAACGUUCAUCUACAAAUUUUUAACCGUCCUCAAGUAAAAGAAAAUUCUAGGCAACAUUUCCAUCUCCGAACCGGAUAUUUAAAGAAAACAGUCGGUGGGUGCCCCUGGGAAUGUCUCAGAAGCAAUAAUUAUAGUAGUGUCAGUAUAGAGGAAAAUUUUUUGCGAGCCUCAAUUUUUAUAGCCAUAUUCGUUGUAUCGCGCUGCGUGUAAGAACGAAGCAAUGUCUGCCUGCUGCCCUCAACAAAAAUUCUACUCUUCAUCGCGAUUUCCUUCGCUAUUCUUGAGCAGUUUAGGGUCAUUCUCGAUUUUGUUUUUGCGGACCAAACUGGACGAGUGCGUUGCAUUGUGAUUUGCAUUAACUCCACCCCCAAUCAAAUGAUUGACGGAACAGAACAACCCAUUCGAAGUUUUCAAACACGCAGCGCGAUACAACGAAUUUGGCUAUAACAAACUUCGCCAUUGCGUGCCUUGUUUUAACCUAUUUUUUACGUUGUGACUAGUAUGCAAGUAUUGUUUGAAAUCUUUUAUUAGGAGGCUCAUAUGAUCCACAUAAGCCAAUCCCUAUGGACGGUUUUGAUGUGUGGAACACCAUAUCACGUGGCGAUGCUUCUCCACGCACUGAAAUCCUGCUUAACAUUGAUAACCUACUUCCCAAUGGUUCCAGACUGGGGAAUUUUCAAGGAAUGGCCCUUCGAAUGGGAAGCAUGAAACUCUUAAUGAAUGUCCCAAAUAUCACCUGGUUUAAACCCCCUGAGUUGGGAGGUACAUUCCCGGAACAAGUAAUUACCAGUGGCGUUCUUAGAGAAGAGACAGAUGAGCAUAUUUUAAAGGAACUUCAGCAAAGUUACAUUGUAAGUCCCAAGUAGUCUUUAAUUUGUACGAAAUCUCAUCAUUGUUCAGUGGGUUAGCAUGUUAUAUUCACUGAGAUGAAGAGACUCCUUCAAGAAUAAAUGUUGAUACAUCAAAGCAGGCCUUAAGGAAAUCUUUGCUAACGUCAUUUGUUUAAAUUUUUCCUAAAAAAAGUUUACGACUUAACUCAGUGAAUUUUGGCCGUAUAUACGAACUAAAUGCAAAAGUUGAAAGAGCAUCUUGAUUAAUUGGACAAUUUUUGCAAUUUUGCUCUUUGUUCUGAGCAAUAUUGAGGGAAAUAUCAGCAAUCAAAAACUGCGAAAACUGUUGGCAAAAAAGUUAAUGAGCCAUACAUUCUCUGUAAAAUUUCGAGUUUUCAGAAAGAGGCGAAUCCGAAACCAUUCCGUGUUUUGGGCUCAAAUUUUCAAAAUAUUUUGAAACUGUUAUGCUCUUUCAAUAUUCAGAGUUUUUAUUUUAUUACCGUCAUCAGAUAGUGAUAAGCAUAUGUUAAUGAGGUAAAAAGUGUAAACAAAGAUUCGCCUAUAGGCUGUUGUUCUCGUUAGGGGUAGGUGGUGUUGCUAAGCAAAAAGAAUUGCAUCAAUGGCGGAGGUUCGUGAAACUUUUGUCCCCUAGCCUGAGUAGCUAGCGGAAUUGUUUUGCGCGCGCGAGAGUUUUUGCGGCGAAGCCGCGAGCGCCUCAGUCAGGUCCAAGAAAAUCCCUCCUAUUUCUCCGCGCGGCUCCGCAGCUCCUCUGCCAAAACUUUGCUCGCACUCAUAUUCCCGCAGGCUACGCAGGCUAUUUGUCCCCAGGCAAAGUUAUAUACCUUGCAAGUCCUGAUUACAAGCAGAAGAGGUUUUCGUAAGAAGCGAUUACUAGAAAAGUCCUUUCUCAAACACGUUAUGUUACGAUCCAUGCUAUACUAAGAGGUCAUUAUACUAUACCUCAUAAUACCUUUCAAACUUGAAACAGCUACUAAAACCGCCAUAUUAACAACUGUCGUUGCUUUCCGGACAGGCUCCCGCUUCACUUGCCCCACCGACCACCGUUAAUAUCAGGGAGCUCAGGCAAUCACGCCGACGACGACAUGAAAACUGAAACAAUUUUUUUUAUAUUGUUUUAAGAGCAAAACAGCUCUACCCGUGCAUCACGCUUUUUAGUACAUACCCUUGACAUCCACUGCACGUCUACGACGUGGAACCUCCGGAAUGCGACGUUUUAUGGAGGACGGGAGCAUACCACGACGAAUUUUCCUCUCUCUUUUUGAACCUGGACAAAGUCCUUAAGAAUCAAACUCCAGGAGUAAUCGCCUUCAUUUGACAAAUUGAAAGCGUCCAAAUAGACGCGAUAAAAUUUGAAAGGACGCAAAUUCAUUUUCUUGGCGACGUUUCAAUGCCUUCGCCGUCAUCCUAUUUUAAUAUUCAUUCAAUAUAUUAAUUCUUCAUAACCAACGGGUGCUUACCAUAUUUGGAAGAUGCGAACAAUAUACCAUCGAUUCGAUGAUAUAUUUGAUUGGAAACGAGGAUGAUCGAUGGUAUAUUUGAUUGGAAACGAGGAUGAUCGAUGGUAUAUUUGAUUGGAAACGAGGCUGCUUGGGCAAAGGUGGACUAAAAAGUGGCCUUUACAGCUAUUCGAAGACGAAAUAGCUGAACUUCUGUUUUAAACUGAAUGGAAGAAAUUCAAGAAUGCGCAAAACAUAUUGCUCGAUGGAUUUUAAUAUCUUCUUUUUGAGAAGUAUCUGCAAGAAAAAACGUCUGUUUAUAUCCUGAAACCGUGCCGAGAAAUAGGCCAUAGUUUUGAAAAAAGACUGCAAGGAGGUAAGCAUGUUAAGAACUGACAAAUAUUUUGAAUUAAUAACAACUGUCGUACGAUGUGAAGAAUUAUGCAGAUCACGGAGGAUGUUAUCCACCGCUGAAGGCCCGCGGUGGAUAACAUCCUCCUCGAACUGCAUAAUUCUUCACCUCCUACUCAGCCUCAUUCAAUAAUUUGUUAACUAAAGCACGAUCAUUGUUCUUCAACCACAUAGGAUAGUGCUGACGUUUUGGAUGUAGUGCUUUACAACAUCACCGCUGACCCAGAGGAAAGACAUGACCUCAGCGGCGAACUCCCGGAUGUUGUGGAGAAGAUGAAAGAAAGACUGAAGUAUUACGAGAAGACUUCGGUCCCGCCCGCGUUCAAACCAGGCGAUCCAAAUGCAAUAAAAGAAGCACGGAAGAAUGGGAUAUGGGGACCUUGGAUGUGAACAUUUCACUUUCAUCAAAGCAGUUAAGCAAAAUGUAACUGAACAACAUUUGAUGUUCAAGUUAGCUCAAGUUGAUAUGCAUCUUCAACUUGAACCAAUUAUCGCAAGAAACAAUCUCGCAAAGAACUUAAUUUGGGUAAUUUUAGUGUUGACACGGGCCAAUAAAAUCCACAACAUUUCUCAAAAUGAAUAUAUGAACUUGAGAUGUAGAAUUAUCAGUUAGGAUUGAAACAAUGAAGCUUAAACCUAUUUAAGAAAUGGAGGUUCUUUGCAGCUGUAAAUUAUGUCACUAGCGAUG